CUUCGAACUGACACAUACCUGGAGAUUAUCGUACUGUCAGUCAACACACAAAAAUUAAACACAAAAAAUUCACGUAAAUGAUGAUUCGAUUUCUAAUUCUACUUAUUUUAUUCUGCUCGUGUCGAAAAGCGUCAGCUCAGAGUGGACUGACAGCUUAUGAGUCAAUUCGAAGGCUAAGAGAAUGUAUCGAUGUGAUUGAUAAACCGGAAUUCAAGAGGACAUGCGAAGAGAAAUUUGGAGAGGAAAGGGAUGAGUGCAUCGAAAAAUUUACCAAGAAAAUAAUGCCAACACUCAAUGCAUGUAUUGUAAAUUCCCGUGAAUCAAUAGUAACCAUUCCAAAUAGAGAGGAAUUAUAAAAACCUCAAUCAACCGGAUUAAACAAUUCUAUUGAAAUCGUUCAUAAUACUGAUUUUUGUGUUUUUAUUUUGUUUUAAUAUUCUCGUUUGCAAUGAAAAUCUGUAAUUUA